UAUUUUUUAGGCUGGGGAGGGGGAAGAUAAUUUCAUUUGCAAGAUCAUCGAGAUGUUUGAAGCAGUUGAUGGCUCAUCAAAUUUUACUGCUCAAUGGUAUUACAGGGCAAAGGAUACGGUCAUAGGAUGUUGUCAUAACCUUAUUGAUGACAAACGUGUAUUCUUCUCUGAAAUCAAGGAUGAUAAUCCUCUUGAUUGCCUUGUGAAAAAACUUAAAAUUGUACUUCUACCAUUAAAAGGGAAGUUGGAUAUCAAGGAAAGGGUUAGAUUGAAGAGUGACUAUUACUAUGAUCAGAUGUACUUGUUGCCGUAUUGUUCUUUUGUAGGCUUAGAACCUGACAGUACUGCAGCUACCUGUGAAUCUGGUUCUACCAUUUCCAGUGAUGCUGAUGUUGCUGGAACAACAAAUUGUUGUGAUAGUUCUGAAGUAGAAAAGUCUAGCAGUGAGAGAACACUUCUAGACUUGUAUGCUGGUUGUGGUGCUAUGUCUACUGGGCUUUGCCUUGGUGCCAAUAGCUGUGGUGUAAAGCUCGUCACUAAAUGGGCUGUUGAUAUUAACAAAUUUGCAUGUGAAAGCCUGAAGCUAAAUCAUCCAGAGACAGAGGUGAGAAAUGAAUCUGCGGAGGAUUUCUUGUGCCUGCUAAAGGAGUGGGAUAAGCUUUGUGCCUCCUAUUUAUCAACUACUGAAAGCAAUGAUUCAACACACAAAGAUACUGUGUGUGAAGACAAGGAAGAGGACGAAGGUGGCAGCAAUACUAAAAAAGAUGGGAAUGAUGGAGAUGAUGGUGAAAUCUAUGAAGUAGAAGAAAUUUUGACAAUCUGUUAUGGAGAUCCAAAUGAAAUUAAAAAGCCUGCAUUGUACUUCAAGGUACCUCGAUCAACACUUGGGAAAACUUUUGUUUAG